UUCCUGUCAACAUGCCUUCCUUCCUUGGUUUAAAGUGUCUGGGGAAAUUGUGCAAUUCAGAGAAAAGCAAAGUCACGACGUCUGAAAGAUCCAGUGCUAGGGCCUCGUGCGGGAGGACACUGAUUGUUCAGGACCUGAGUGUUCCUAAAACGCCCUGCCCUGCUCAUAGGCGCACCACCAUCACCCAUUUGUUGUACGUGUACCCCAAGGACUAUGGUCCGAGUGAGCUCGUGUUUAGCAGCUGUGAUCCUCCUGUGGCCCACCCUCAGGACCCUCACCACCCAGCGGAGAAGCCCGUCAUCCACUGCCAUAAAUGCGGAGAGCCAUGCAAGGGCGAAGUGCUCCGCGUCCAGACCAAGCAUUUCCACAUCAAAUGUUUCACCUGCAAAGUGUGCGGCUGCGACCUGGCCCAAGGGGGCUUCUUCAUAAAGAACGGGGAGUACCUCUGCACCCUGGACUACCAGCGGAUGUACGGGACACGCUGCCAUGGCUGUGGAGAGUUUGUGGAGGGUGAGGUGGUGACUGCCCUGGGCAAGACCUACCAUCCUAACUGCUUUGCUUGUACAAUCUGCAAGCGCCCGUUCCCACCUGGAGAUCGAGUCACGUUCAAUGGGAGAGACUGUCUUUGUCAGCUCUGUGCACAGCCAAUGUCAUCCAGUUCUAAAGAAGCCACCUGCUCCAACAACUGUGCUGGCUGUGGAAGAGACAUCAAGAAUGGGCAGGCGCUGCUGGCGCUGGACCAGCAGUGGCACUUGGGAUGCUUUAAAUGCAAGUCCUGUGGGAAGGUCCUCACUGGGGAAUACAUCAGCAAGGAUGGCGCCCCAUACUGCGAGAAGGACUACCAGGGGCUCUUUGGGGUGAAGUGUGAGGCAUGUCAACAGUUCAUCACGGGGAAGGUCCUAGAGGCAGGAGACAAACAUUACCAUCCCAGCUGUGCACGAUGCAGCAGGUGCAACCAGAUGUUUACAGAAGGAGAGGAAAUGUACCUGCAAGGUUCCACUGUUUGGCAUCCCGACUGUAAGCAGUCCACCAAGACAGAGGAGAAGCUCCGGCCACCACACUUUCAUCGUCCUUCGUCUGAUUUCUUUUACCCCAAAAGUCUGAUCCGCCGCACAGGACGGUCCCCAUGGCUGCAGCUGUUAACACCACCUUGUCUAGUGAACUUCAACACAGACCCAAGGCAGCCCACCAGGACUUCCUCUGAAAGUAUUUAUUCUAGACCAGGCUCCAGCAUCCCUGGGUCUCCAGGCCACACUAUCUAUGCAAAAGUGGACAAUGAAAUCCUGGAUUACAAGGAUUUAGCAGCCAUCCCCAAGGUCAAGGCGAUUUAUGAUAUCGAGCGUCCAGAUCUGAUUACCUAUGAGCCUUUCUACACCUCUGGCUACGAUGACAAGCAGGAGCGGCAGAGUCUUGGAGAGUCUCCAAGGACUUUGUCUCCUACUCCGUCCGCAGAGGGCUACCAGGACCUUCGGGAUCGGAUGAUGCACCGGUCCACCAGCCAGGGCUCCAUCAACUCCCCUGUGUACAGCCGCCACAGCUACACUCCAACCACAUCACGCUCGCCGCAGCACUUCCACAGACCUGAGCUCUUGUCUCCUGGUGUGCACAGCUUGUCCUGCCUGCGCACCAGCAGCCUCAGCUCCGCCCGCACUGACUCCCGCCCCAACCCCCCCUUCCGACACCACUUCCUCCCCCAUGUCCAAGGCAAUGAGCCAUCCAGCGGCCGGAACUCCCCUCUCCCUUACCGGCCAGACAGCCGCCCUCUAACACCAACUUACGCUCAGGCCCCUAAACAUUUCCAUGUUCCAGAUCAAGGGAUCAACAUUUACCGAAAACCACCCAUCUACAAGCAGCACGCUGCCUUGGCAGCCCAGAACAAGUCUUCAGAAGACAUCAUCAAGUUUUCCAAGUUCCCAGCAGCCCAGGCUCCAGACCCCAACGAGAUUCCAAAGAUUGAGACGGACCACUGGCCUGGUCCCCCCUCACUGGCCGCCAUAGGAACCGACACGAGACGCAGAUCUGGUGGCAGGGAGGAAGACGACGAGGAGCUGCUGAGACGCCGACAGCUUCAGGAAGAGCAAUUGAUGAAGCUGAACUCAGGCCUGGGGCAGUUGAUAUUAAAAGAAGAGAUGGAGAAGGAAAGCCGGGAAAGGUCAGCCAGUCGCCAUGACUCUCCCAUCCAUUCAGUUCCUCAUGCUCCAUCAUCUAAAACCUCAUCUCUCCCUGGCUAUGGGAAAAACGGACUUCACCGGCCAGUUUCCACGGACUUUGCUCAGUAUAACAGCUAUGGGGAUGUCAGUGGCGGAGUACGAGACUACCAGACCCUUCCAGAUGGGCACAUGCCUGCAAUGCGAAUGGACCGAGGUGUGUCAAUGCCCAACAUGUUGGAACCAAAGAUAUUCCCAUAUGAAAUGCUCAUGGUGACCAACAGAGGGCGCAACAAAAUCCUCAGAGAUGUGGACAGAACCAGGCUGGAGCGUCACUUAGCCCCUGAGGUGUUUUGGGAAAUCUUUGGCAUGUCCAUACAGGAGUUUGACAAGUUACCUCUCUGGAGACGCAACGACAUGAAGAAAAAAGCAAAGCUCUUCUGAGGCCCCCACGUGAAUGGCAACUAGAAACGGGACUGGCAAUGGCCAGUUGAUGCAAAAGAUGUCCCAGGAUGGCCCAUACUUGAUUGGAGGUCGUGCAAACUACUGUCCCUCAGCAGCAGCACAAAGGGAGAGUCUGGUUAAAACCCACCCAUGAGCCAAAUACGGGGCCCACCUUCAGUGACGCUUGGCAAGAAGCAGCGGGUUAGAAAUUUCUAUGUUCCCAAACUCAACAGGAGUGACCUUUUUACACGACCUUCUGUACACACAGAAGCUACUUCCUGUCUUCUUUCAUUUUCCUUUAACUGUUGUUCAACAAUAGUGCUGACUGUACAGAUAAGAGCCAGCAAGUGCCCUUAGGAUGCCGCAUGGAGGGGAAACAGUGGCAAUCAUUCCAAAGUAUGAAUCCAUCUUCCACAUAGCACUGUGGCUAGGAAGGAACUGUCCAGGGGUGCCUGGCCACGUGGCAGCAACUACUUGGCAUACAACCCUCUUUCCCAGCCUCCUGGGGCUCUGCCUGUGCCCUGACAGCCAUGGAUAUCCAUCAGAGAACCAAGCAGCAGCCAGCAGACUUGAGAUCAGCAAAGAUGGUUGAUAACAAGCCCCUUUUUUCUCAACUGUGCCCUGGGACCUGGCUAGCCAACUGCUCAGCCAUUACUCCAAAAACGAAUAAAUGAAUGAAAAAUGUAAAAAGCAAAGAAAAGGAAAAAGAAUGAAGGAAACCCUCCCUGAACUCUUGGCCUGCCUCACAUGGCAUGCUUAGUUCUCGCUCCAGACCCAGGGCAGGAGCUGUCCUGGACUGCACCUUUGCGGAGAGAUGAAAGACAGAGCUGUCUCCAGAUUGGCCCAAGCCGCAUGCUCCUAGGUGAUUCUGUCUGCGGAGAUUCCCCGCCAAACACCAAGCUGCUCGGUGCCCUCCUGCCACUGCACGUUCUUCCACCCAGUGUUCUUCCACCCUGGCAAUGAGCCCCUGCCCGUGCCGAUUUUGCUUUGGAAGGUCUUUGCAGGAAUAGGCUAAGGGAAGGCCUGUUUUCGUCCCGGACGUCACUGCGAUUCCCGAACAAGCCACUUCAGAUGACUUUCAUUUUGGCCUUAGCAGCUUCUUGCUGGCGCUGUUGACUCCAUGGUGUGUGUGUGUGUUGGGGGCUGGGGGUGGGAAGGGUGGGACAGUAUGUGGGUGUGUGCAAAGCUUACCCACGGCGGUUUGGAGAGUCUGCAUGCGCUUUCUAAAUUCAGCUUGAUUGUUUAACCCACUGCACUGCAGCUUUCUAGGGGUCGUUUUCCCACAUGUACGUGGCCUAGUGGUCCUGAGGGAAGGCAGAUGGCUGCCCCAGCGUGAGGUGCUCAGAAGCCAGCACUCCCCACAUGCUGGUGGAACUCAUGGCAGAAUCGGGCUGGAGAUGGCAGAGCAGGGUGAGGCCGGGCAUGGGGAUCGGAGCAGCUCGGCCUCUGCAGUGCUCAGCUCCAAAAUGAGCUUCUACUGGAUCACAUCCUGAUGCCCGACCUGGGAGCAGUGAGGAAGACGCUCCCCAACUCCAUCACCUUGACUCCCACACUGGACAGUUCUGCAAAGGAAGGAUGAGCUCGGUCUGAAUACUUGCAGGAGAAAGCUUGGAGGUGCACCUGCUUUUGCCGGUGUGCACACAAGCUCAGCACUUCUUCCCAUCGGAACCGCAUGUUAACAUCACCAGCUCUCUGUGACACCAGUGGAAAAAAAAAUGAAAUGCAGUGGUUUCUGAACACGUGUCUCAGGCCUCUGUGACCUGCUUUCAGCUGCCUGGGCCCUGACGUAAACCCUGGAGAUGCUUUCUAGUGUCCGCAGGAGCUGUUGCUGAAAGAGCCUGAAUUUGCCUGCCUUGGCAGUGCUAUGCAUUGAAUGAGAACUGGUCUCCCAUGUAUGUGUGUGUGUGUGCGCGCAUGCACAGGACCUGCCAACCUAUUCAACAAGUGGCUCUGAUACCCUGGGCCUAAGUAGAUGAGACCAGCUCCUGUUUGGUCUAAACUAAAGCUAGAAGACAGCUUGGCAUCUUCUCGUCUCUUAGUUGCCUGCUACUGCAUUUCAGAUUUUUCAUUCUGUCCUCUCCAGCAGCCCCAGCACAACGCUCAGUCUCCUGGUCUGGCCUUGUCCUGGCAAACCGUGGGUGAGAGGAUUGUGACAUCUUCCCGUGUUCCCCAUUACAAUUAGUAAUAGUGGUAGCCAAGAGAGAUUUUUUUGUUGUAACAGUGAUAAUAAGAACAUGACCCCAUAUUUUUCAUUGGCUAAUGAGUUCUCACCCAUGUCCAGAUAGCUCAAAUGUGUGGGAGAUAUGGGUACAAUCAAAUGGAUUUACUAAAUUCCUGUUCCUGGGUCUGUGUAGGGAGGAGACGGCUCUGCCAUAGAAUGAGGACGUAAGACUGAGAAGAAGAAACAAAGGAAUACAGCCCCCACCCCUUUUAUAUUCUAGAGACCUAGGGUUAAGGGGCCUGCCUACGGUUGCAACAGUAAUUGGAGAACUGAGUCCUAAAUUUUCCUAGUGGUGAAGGCCUGCUUUGCUUGUCUCUUUUAAAAACAGCUCUGCAACCAACUUGGGGUAAAAAGUUUCUUUCCAUGUCAAACACACUACCUUGUUUAAACGGCAUGGUGCACAAAUAUUUCGCCAGAGGUUGGAGGCCUCCAUCAACAAACCCAGAGAACUAUGUGGGGGUCCCUGGGAACCAUCGUGCACAGAAAGGCUCUUCUGCUUUGCUCCCCAGUGGAAGGCUCCAGCUGGAAAGUGAACCACAGGGCCAACUGGUCCCCUGCCAGAUUUCAUGGAUGGCCUGUGGCGCCCCAUCCAUUCGGUCAUGCUUGUUCACAAAAUACCCAAGCAACAGCACAGGGGAUGUGUACUCUCUGCUUGCACCCUGCCCUGCACUGCUGAUGAAAACUCCACUGGUAAGCAUAGGCAGAACUCGUUCCUGUUAGGAAAAGGAUUACAAAUGUGGCUGGCUUCCCUGGUGCAUAUAUCAAGGGCUAUAUUUUCUAGCAUUUGACUUCCUUGGGAUUCAGAGUGCAUACUGAUUGCAUGAAAUAAAAGAGGCUUCUCUGACAUGAGAAAGUCAGUGCAUCCUUUGAAACUUCUUCAAGAAAUUCCACCCUAUCGCAUCUUCUUCCUAAGUUGUGGAAAGCAUUUGGAAGCUUGUACCGCAGCUAUGCAUUUACAUUUUUGGUGAAGGGCUUUAUGAAAUGUUCUGUUAUGACUUCUCCAAGAACUAAACAUAAACUGCCUGUUUUCAGAAACCUCAAAGAGAAUAACUAGAGCUAAUGGGUAACAAAGUGGAAAAGGAAACAGGGUAGUUUUUAUCCCUCGUGUUCUCUGAAGAUCCCCGCUCCUAAUUCUGUGCUCUGCCAGCAGAGGCAGAUCCUGGAGGAGUUCUCUCAUUUGGGUCUCGUCUUCCCUAUCUCAACCUGGCAUAUCGACACGGAGAACUCCAGCUAGGUGAUAUUUCUAUGCUAUUCACCUCAUUUCUUUACACUUUGAGGCAGGCAUCUUUUUUGUAAGAAUUGCUUCCUAGAUGAUUCUAUAAAAUAGGUACACUUUUGCAAAGUCAGAAAAUUCAAAUCAAUCACUUUUGACUACGCCUUCCUAAAAACAAAGCAUUUUUCAGUCAAUGUGGUGUUGCAUUCUGCAUUGUGUAGAGUGGCAAGAGUCAUGGGGGCCAUGUGCUCAUGAAGCCAUGCAUUUACUGUCACUCAUGAAAGACGGUGGCAGGGACCCGAUUUCUGUCCCCACCGACCCCACUCCACCCUCUGGAACAAGCCCAGUUUUUAUAAAUUGCCUCUUCUGUAUUUCUGGUAGCUGUAUGAUCUGGGCUUGCCUUGACUUUCUCGGAUUUUGGAAAUGAUUUUCUUUGGCCAAACCCAAGUGUUUGAUGGUUAUGCCCUGAAGUGCAUUCUUUCUGCUCCUGUUUGGACAAUCUUCUAGAGCCCAGGAAAGUUCAUUUAGGGUUUGACAUCUACAUGAUGCCAUCUGCUAGUAAUGUCUUCAGAAAACAACCCAGCUACAUUGUAAUAAAAGAAAGAGAAACCUUUACUUUGACAUUAAAAAAGAAUUGUUUUCAUUGUCUUCCCACUUGCUGCCCAAGAAGCAACUGAGAGAACAACUGAUGCUCUUCUGCCUGGGAUUGUUAUGUUUUUAUCUGGACAAGUUUAAUUUGUGGCUAAUUCAAAACAUGAGGGGUGAGGUGGUCAGUUUGAGGCUGAACGAAACUUUCUCAACAAUGUGUGUGUACACGGUCAAAAAUUAUACAAACCCCACAUUUUUCUGAAGCUUAGUAUAAUUCUUUGAGUGGCAAUUAUUAUCAUAAACUUAAAUUCUUCCCCAAAGCGUCUCUCCCAAAAGCGAGGUUCCCAUGAGGCAUUUCCGGAACUCAUUGUCCGAAAGUGGAAGGAGCCAAGACUGCUGGCAUUGACCUUGAGGAGGGGGUGAGCCGCUUGCUUGUUGUGAAUGUACAGGAAGAGGAGACACUUGUCCACAAAACUAACGUCCUCUGGGGGUUGUGUGUACAGGCCUGUCCCGUAAGAAAUGUGUGUGGUUUCUGUGACUUGCUGAUGACCGCAUUGAAGCUCUUGGUGGGGUGGGGUGGGGUGGGGUCCUUUCAUUUUAAGUUGGGUUUAUGGAAUUUUCCCCAGAUGUUGAAAGGCAUACAGUUUUUCCUCACCUCCCUCCCCAUGCAGAAAACUAUGUAGAACUCCCUUUGAAAAGUCUUGUCAUGUUCCCCAUGAGAUUGCAUGGGUGUGUGUCCACACCCUGCAUGUGUCGCGUGCAGAAGAGGAGGGGGCCUGCUGGUCUCUACCCUGCUGUGCUGUGCUGUCCCAACCUGCCCCACGCUCCUUCACCAUUAUACUCUGCGUGUGUCACCGUUGUACUCACAACUCCGUGAAUAAAGUGUGUGCUUUAUUUG